GCAACGAGACGCUCUGAUGUUAAGUUAAAUUAGUAAACAACAUUUCCACGCUUGAUGCGAGUUUAAUUUAUAUCAAUCAAUGCACAUUAUACAGUAAAUCUAGAAGUUGUUUUAUCUUUUGAGACCCAGUGGCGGAUAUGGCCGAAGGAUGGUGCACUGACACCGGUGAAGCCGUUUACCGUUCACGGGAUGCGGUUAAAAACUUACGAAUUCGAGUCCGCAUACAGCGCAUGACCUCCACAGCUGCUCUGUCUCAACACCUCCAUCAGCAAGUGUUGUCUCAGCAGGAGAGAGGAGUUAUAGAGCUGGAGACCUUCAGCUCACAGACACCGUCAGCCUCCACCACUGAUGAGGAGGAGCUAGUAGUCGGUUGGCAAGAGAAGUUCUUCAGUCAGUAUGAAGUGGAUCUUUACCAGACCAAGUCAAACUGUCAAACGCCACUGGAGCAUCAGUAUCACACUGACAUAUUGGCAAUGGAAAGAUCUAAAAGGAGGCUAAACCAGCGUAUUUUCACCUACACAGACUUUGAUCGCUUUGCCAAAUGGGAAGAGCAAGCUCAGAGUCUUCUGACCCCAGCUCAGUCCACGCCAACCUUUUUAGCAGAACGCAUGGCCAAUGUUAGACACAGGAGGCAAGAGAGACGUCCUGUAGAGUCCAAUGUUCCCAAGUCCCGUUUAAUCAUGUGGGAGCCUUCAGAAGAGUUCAUAAAGAACAGUCACACCAUCAACACCCCAGUGCAGACUAUGUACAUCAUGGGAGACCUUGGGCCUUCAGGGAAGUUGGGUCUGAAAGAGAACGAGUAUGUGUUAUGCACCGUAAGAGCAGACAGUAAUGGAGUAAUCAUAAUAAAACCAGAUUUUAACAGCAACAGAGGAGCUUACAGGGUGGAGACGGAGGGGGAGAAGAGAGAGGUGUGGAGACUCUAUGUGGAGAACGCCUCAGCAAACAUUCAUACAGAGGAGAAAGAGAGAGAGCAGCACAUGUACAGAGAUCUGUACACACGUCACAAAGAUUACCUCAACAGCCUGGUUGGCCAAGACUUUGAGAUGCCGCCUCCAGGGAUACUUCGCCUGAUUGUAAAUGGAGAGAUUGUUUCUGCGCAAGGUUAUGAGUAUGACGAUCUUUAUGUCCACUUCUUUCUGGAUUUACCAAAUAGUUGGUCUAGUGUUCCCUUUCAGUGUCUGUCUGGUGUUACUCAGACGUGUCGCACGCGCAGUCUGGGGAAGGAGGAUGUAGCCUUCUUCUCCUAUCCAUUCAGCUUUGAAUCCUUCUUUAGAAAAGAAGAUGAGUCUGAUGGAUCAUUAACUCAGUGGCCAGUGCUGUAUUUCAAAGUUCUCUCCCUGGAUUUCUGGCAGCGGUACAGAACCGAGGGCUAUGGGUUCCUGGUCAUUCCCUCAACACCAGGAUGUCACACAAUGACUUGUCCCACAUGGAGGCCCCUACAGUCUGGCACGGUUGCUGAAUUGAGACGAUUCUUUAUUGGCGGAGCACCUGAACUCGAGGACAUCAGUUAUGUCAGGAUACCUGGCACUUUUAAGGGAGAGCGAUUGAGUCGCUUUGGCUUUCGAACCCAGACCACUGGAAGUGUGACCUUUACUCUUAACUGCAUACAACAUGCCAGGGCUUUUAUUGAUGCCAACACCCUGAAGAGAAGGAGACAGACUGUUCUGGAUCAACUGGGCGGCCACAGUCAGCAAGGGUCUGUCUUUAAUGUUCUAGAAGCAUUCCAGAGGGCCCGUAAACGCAUGCAGGAGGCAAGAGAGACAUUACCUCGAGACCUCAACAACACCUCUGAUUCCUUUGCAUAGGGACAUUACACUUGGACCUUAUAUUAAAAUGCUGCUUCUGUUAAGGGUCACUUGAUCACUUAAAGGGAUAGUUCACCCAAAAAGUUUAAUUCUCUCAAUAUUUACUCACCCUCAUCCCAUCCCAGAUGUGUAUGAUCUUUUCUUCUUCAGAACACAAAUGAUGAUUUUUAGAAGAAUAUUUCAGCUCUGUAGGUCCAUACAAUGCAAGUGAAUGGGUGCCAAAAAAUGUAAGCUCCAAAAAGUACAAAGGCAGCAUAAAAGUAAUCCAUAUGACUCCAGUGGUUAAAUCUUUAUCUUCAGAAGUGAUAUGAUAUGUGUAGGUGAGAAACAGAUAAAUAUUUAAGUUCUUUUUUACUCUAAAUCUCCACUUUCACUUUCUUCUUCAUUUGUUUUCGGUGAUUCACAUUCUUUGUGCAUAUCGCCAUCUACUGGGCAGGGAAGAUAAUUUAUAGUAAAAAAGGACUUAAAUAUUGAUCUGUUUCUCACCCACACCUAUCAUAUUGCUUCUGAAGACAUGGAAAAGUAAGAAAUGUUCCAUACAUUGGGGAAUAAAUAAAGUCAUACACAUCUUUGAAAGUGAAUAAAUGAGAGAAUUAAAAAAAAUUCCGUAAACUAUCCCUUUCAUUUGCAGUAUUGUAUUUGUGCAUGAAUGUAUAGGCUUAUAGUUUCUAGAAUUCAAUGAAUCAUUUUUGUAUAGUGUUGAAAUCUUUAUUUAGAUUUCAAAUGUUAUUUCAUAUUAAGAAUGUAAAUCCUCACCAUUUCUGUGAACAGUUUAUUCAAUAAAGAU